AUGCCUCCGGUAUCAAAGCCCGGUCUUGACCACUACGACGUUGUCUUCAUCGGUGGUGGGAGCGGUGGCGUCGCUGGCUCGCGCAGGGCAGCAUCAUAUGGUGCCAAAGUGGCUCUCAUUGAGAGCACGCACCGGCUGGGAGGAACGUGCGUGAAUAUUAUGUGGCAUGCUGCCGACAUUGCGGACAAGAUUCGUCAUCACGCGCCCGGCUACCAGUUCAAGGGCCCCGGUAUCGGCGCCCCUCAGUUCAACUGGGCGACCUUCAAGCCUCAACGCGACGCAUACAUCAAGCGCCUGAACUCGAUCUACGACAGCAACGUCGCGAAAGAGGGCGUCGAGUACCAUCAUGGCUUCGCGCGCCUCGUCUCGCCUUCCUCCGUCGAGGUCACGCGCCCCGACGGGACUAAGUACACGCUCGCCACGGACAAGAUCGUCGUCGCCACCGGCGGACGCCCGACGGUGCCGAGCGAAGAGGAGAUCCCGGGCGCGAGUCUGGGCAUCGAUUCGGACGGCUUCUUCGACCUCGAAGACCAGCCCAAGCGCGUCGCGGUCGUCGGCGCAGGCUACAUCGCGGUCGAGCUUGCGGGCGUGCUACACACGCUCGGGAGCGAGGUCACGAUGGUCAUCCGCGGCGAGACCGUUCUCCGGUCGUUCGACCCCACGCUCGGGGAGGCGCUCACCAGCUGGAUGAAGCACACCGGCAUCAACUUCCACCACGGUGCUCACGUCGCGCGCGUUGAGGGUGAGAAGGGCGGCCCGCUGACUGUACAUCUCAAGUCUGGCGAGAAGUUUGAAGUCGACACGCUCAUCUGGGCCAUCGGUCGGCACGCGAACACGGAGGGCCUCGGCCUCGAGCAGCUUGGAGUGAAGCUCGACAAGAAGGGCGACGUGAUCGUGGACGAGUACCAGGAGUCGGGCGUGCCCGGCAUCCUCGCGCUCGGGGACGUCGCGGGCAAGGCGCUGCUGACGCCCGUCGCGAUCGCGGCCGCGCGCAGGCUGUCGAACCGCCUCUAUGGCGGGGAGAAGUACAAGAGCGAGAAGCUGAACUACGACAACAUUCCCACUGUAGUGUUCUCGCACCCCACCAUCGGUACGGUGGGCCUGACGGAGCCUGAGGCGCGCAAGAAGCACGGCGACGCGAACGUGAAGAUCUACACGUCCUCGUUCCGCGCGCUCUACUUCUCGAUGGUCCCCGAAGAGCACAAGGAGCCAUCGGUGUACAAGCUCAUCUGCGCAGGACCCGAGGAGCGCGUCGUCGGCAUCCACAUCCUCGGGCUCGGCUCGGACGAGAUCAUGCAGGGCUUCGGCGUCGCCGUCAAGAUGGGUGCCACCAAGGCCGACCUCGACGACACCGUCGCGAUCCACCCGACGUCCGGCGAAGAGCUCGUCACGAUGCGGUGA